AUGAUUUCAAAUCUACUCGGGAUCAGAUCCGCUACACACGGAGAACGCCGUCUUGUUUGCGGCGUCGAUGCCGGUUCUUUAUACGCCAGUCAUGCCAAUAAGCGGUUUAACAUUGAUGCUAGACACGAGGCGGUCUUCCGGACGUUAGCUCUGUUUCACGCCUCUCGAUCCGUCAAUUCUGUGCGCAACCGCAUUUUAGUUUGGACUUUUCUUUUUCGUUGGGCUUUUUCUCUCUCUCCCUCCCUCUCUCCUCUCUCUCUCUCUCUCUCUCUCUCUCUCAUCUUCUCUUUUCAUCUCACUUUCUCUCAUCAUAUAUAUCCAUCUAUAUAUCUAUUUUUCUUCAAUUUUCUUUGUCUUUUCCUUCCUUCCUUCCUUCCUUCCUUCCUAUCUAUCUAUCUAUCUAUCUAUCUAUCUAUCUAUCUAUCGUCACUUUUCUUUAUCUUUUCCUAUCUAUCUAUCUAUCUAUCUAUCUAUAUAUAUAUAUAUAUAUAUAUAUAUAUAUAUAUAUCCCUAGCUGUUAUUUAUCUAUUAUUUCUCUGUCACUAUCUAUCUACCUAUCUAUCUAUCUUCACUUUUCUUUGCUUUUUCCUAUCUAUCGUCUCUUUUCUUAUCUAUCUAUCUAUCUAUCUACCCCAUCUGUUCAUUAUCUGUUAUCAUUCAUCUUUCUCUCACUAUCGAUAUAUGUAUCUAUCUAUCCAUGCCAGUUCAUUAUCUAUCUAUCUAUCUAUCUAUCUAUCUAUCUAUCUAUCUAUCUAUCCCUGUGUGUUCAUUAUCUAUUUUUUCUGUCACUAUCUAUCUAUCUAUCUAUCUAUCUAUCGUCACAUUUUUUUGUCAUUUCCUAUCCAUCGUCCCUUUUCUUUCUCUUUUUAUAUCUAUCUAUCACUGUUCAUUAUCUCUUAUUUCUCUGUCACUAUCUAUCUAUCUAUCUAUCUAUCUAUAUUUUUGUUUGCAUGUUUAAAACUUUCUCUUUCUACUUCCAAAGACGAUUUCUCUUAG